GGUGCUGAAGUCUACAUCUCUUAAACUACGGAUCGUUUUCCAAGAAAAUCGUGAAUGAUUAUGGCCGAAUCCUAUCAGAAAAUCGCCCUAAGCAAUCCUGAUUCUACCCCAUCGGUCGGUAGGGGCCACAAGAAAGAUUUUCGACUCUCCGGAUCGAUCUGUGGCACAAAUUAUACACCCAUGGUGGGCCGUUUCCACAUUGACGGGCCAGGCCAGCCUUUUUUAUGCAUGUUUUGCCGAACCCGCCGUUGAGGCCGUUUCCGCAAGGUUUAACUGAAAAGGACAUUUAUACAUAUCGAACCCAUCAUUACCCGGUGGUUCUUUUGACGCUUCACACCUUCCUCUCCUCCAUCUUGAUUCGCCGAGUCUUCUCCUCGCCAUGUCCCAAAGAGCCAACCAAGAGCUUUUGGCCCAAUUCUCCCUAGUGGCUAAGGAGAUGUGCUCAUCGUUGGAGGCUACUUCCAAGGAGCAAACGGAUGCCCUGAUCAAAAGUCAAUCCGAUCUUUUGGAGAAACUGGGCGACAAAAUCACCGAAAAAUUAACCCCUCUGCCCGUGCCUUCCGCUCUCCCAUCGCAUCAAACCUUGGGGCCUACAAUUCCCCCUUCCUCCCCGAUAGUUGGAGACCUCUCUGCAGGUUCAGCCCAGCUUCUUCAACGUCCUCCUUCUCCUUUGAGCGCGUCCUUCAAUUCCGCUUCCGUCCUGUUGGUCAUCCCCUACCCCAUCGGUCACUUCGUGGGCUACGCCAGCUCAGGCCUAACAACAGAUGAUCCCGGUAUAGUUACAUCUCCUUUUUCCCUCAUUCUUUCUUCCAAAUAAUUAUUGAUUAAGUACCCAUUCUUUUCGAUGAGGUCUCGGGAACCACUCAUUUUGAUGCUGUUUCCACUUUAAUUUGGGGGGUUAAAUACCAACCUCAGUUGCAUGAAUGACCUCUCAUUUCGAUGAUGUCUCAGGAACCACUCAUUUCUAUGACUUUCCAUCGAUCUUUGAUAGAUAGGCUUAUCUCAGUGCGUCCUUACUCCCUCAAUUCAGUGCGGUCUCUAAGGCAACUCGUUUCGAUGAUGUCAACAAUGUCUUAAAAAAUCGCUCAUUUUAAUAAUGUCUCAGAAAGUACUGAAAUUUAUGUUUCUAAGAGCCUAUUCAUUUCGUUCUUGUUUCCAACUUGCUUUGUAUAUUUGUGCAAAGUCGGCUUUGCGUAGAUCUGAAUUGUCCCGACUCUCCGAAGGUUUGACCAAGGCCACCUUCAGCCUUUGAGACAUCAACAAAAGCUCCGUCCUUCUUGGAUUCGCUUUGGCGGAGUUAGAGCCCCUUUUACACAACCCCCUGCUCUCUGGUUCACUCGAGGAUGCCAGAGUGCUUCUCGGCCUUCCCUUAUCACAUGACCUUUCCCCACUGGCCGAGUUGAUGUCAUCUCGUAAACGUGCUCUACUGACCAAGGACUCUAAAGAAAAUUCUUUAGAGUCCCUGUACUGACCUACACGGAUAUGCACGCGGCAAUCAAAUACGAUCAACAGCUUGUUCAAGUCGUUCAAACCAAGAACCAUGAAUACUGAAAAGCCUUUAGAGGUCAUCAUCAGCUUCGCGAUUCGACCGUGAAACGCAUUGAGGCGGUUGACAGACAUCUAGCAUGCGCUCAAGCUAUUGUCAACCGCGACAGGAAAAGAUCAGAAGAGAGACGAGCCCCUUACAGACCCUUCACGUUCAGUGGUCGUUCGCAUAGACCUUUCUCCGGUUCUCGUUUUUCCUCUUGAGCUGAGGCAAACCCGCCUUAUAAUGGUCGUUCUUUCAACCCCAAUCACGAAGGGAAAAUGUGUUUCGUCUGUGGCACCUCUUACCAUCCUGGCUUCCCUUGUGCCCCUAAAAAGCCCUAACGUGUUGCGUUUAUUUACCCUCAGUUUCACUUGUUCACGUGUUCAAUUGGAACCCAUUGUCUUCCCAUUUGGGCUAAUUGUUCCCUUUCUUCGAGUUCAUACAAUGCCUACCGCGAAUAAUACUAUUCAUUUUAACUCUUCUUGGCUCGACACUUAUCUUUUGAUAUAAUGCGACUUUUGAUAUUAGUCAUUUCCUCCCCUUUCUGUUCCCUCUUCAGGUCGCAACCUUCUCCAUCCCACAAUUGGGUGUGCGGAAGUGGGAAUUUUCGACAAACCUAUCUCGACAAAUCCUGCUGUGACGGGAGCCAUCGGACGAGAUUACACCCAUUAUUUUUGGGAGCAUAUCCUGGCAGCCCCUGUCAACAUUUUGCAAGUAAUCAAGCACGGCUACAAACUCCCGUUCAAAAACGGGCCUCCUCUCUCUUAAUCACGUCUUCCCAACAACAGAAGUGCCCUUUCGGAUCGCGACUUUGUCGAUGAACAACUUUUUCUAUUUGAAUCGAUAGGUUGCAUAUCUGUCACCACCGUUUCCCCUAUCCUCGUCCUUCCCCUCUCGGUCGUGUUAAGCAUCAAGAAACGUUUAGUUGUAGACGCCUCUCGCAAUCUGAACCCCUUGCUGGAAAACAAACAAGUGAAAUUGUGUCAUCUUGAAUUGGCCAAUGAUAUCUUGACGCCUAAUUGCUUCAUGACGACCUGCGAUCUGGAAUCUGGUUACCAUCAGGUUCCCAUUCACCCCACUCACCGGAAAUAUCUGGGAAUUCAUUGGGAGCGAAAUGGCAAAACUGUUUUCUUUGUGUGGAAUGUAUUGUUCUUGGGGAUCAAAACGGCAGUACAUCUCUUCACCAAACUUCUCCGCCCACACAUUCCUCUCUGUCAAUGUCACGGCGUUCCCAUAUCUAUCUAUAUUGAUGAUCAAAGAAUUUUGGGUCCAGAUUUAUCCUCGUGUCUCGUAAACUCCAAUUUUGCCGCGAUAUGCCUUCAGAUGGCGGGCUGGAUCAUUCAUCCAGGCAAAGGAUUCUCGUCUCCAACCCAGUUUGGAACGUUCUUAGGUCUGGAUCACGAUCUUAUCAAUCUGAGAUAUUCCAUUCCACCUCGCAAGCUGUCGGAUAUUUCAUUGCUCGCAGAGAGUCUCCUUCAUCAACGUCGGGUCUGCAUCAAAUUUCUGGCUAGUUUUUACGGGAAAAUAGCUUCUUGCCGGUUGGCUCUCGGCCCCGUUUCUUCGUUGCUCACGCGUUCGGGUCACCAAUUAAUUUCGUCAUCUGUUACUACAACUUCGUGGGAUGGUUGGGUGACGCUCACCCCAUUAGUCCUCUCUGAAAUCAAUCACCUCCGACUCCCCCUCCUCUCUCUCAAUGGCUGGCCCAUCCGACUUCUUCCCAAUGUAAUCCCUAAUAGAACGUUUGCUUCCGAUGCUUCUGCUGUCGGCAUUGGUGCAACAGAAAUAUUAUGUCAUUCUACCUCACACUCGCAUUCGGGCCCCUGCCUUGGUUCAAAAGCUCUCUCUCGUCCCUUAAAGCCUGACGAACGCCUCACUAGCUCGACCUCCAGAGAACUCCUUGCAGCAAAAGAGCUCGUGGACAAGUUUGCUCCAUCUUGGUAUUGUCAAAACGUUCUCCUCCUCUGCGACAAUGAAAACGUUUCCCGAAUCCAGCGUCGCUUCUCUGCAAAAUUCCCUGAUAGCGUUCACUUCUCUUCACUCUUCACACGGGUUUUCAUCGGCCACCCAAUAUUACGUUCAAGUCAACAUGUAACAAGUACCUCUUUUGCAGGCCGCUCUUUAUUCCAAUUUUGCUACCUUGUUUACAAUGGUUUAUUUUUUGAAUUACCCUAUCCCAUCUUGAACCCCAUUCAUUGUUCUCUUCGUGGUUGGAAUAUAUGCUCGUUUUAACGUCACGUUUUUAUUCCUUUCAGCCUUUAACUCUCUCGUCUCCAAGAGUAAGAUUCUCAUUAACGCGGCCAAAGCUCCAGCUACUUGGAAGGGUUAUACGACCUAUUGGAAUCUCUUCUUACACUUUUGUUCUACUCACAAAAAGGCCUGUUUGCCAGCAGCUGCUAACACUGUUUUAGCCUUCCUGCAAUUCUACGCAGAUAAGUCUCGCUCCUCUUCGGCUUGCCAAUUCAUCUCUGCCUCUAUUUCGGCCUUUCAUGAAUCCAAUGGCUAUUCUUCCCCUUGCAAUGGCAAACUCAUUCAACUUUUCUUACUUGGUGCCAAGAAAACUUUUUCAAGGCCAAUUGUACGGAAGCAUCCCAUUUCUCAGGACAUUCUCAUUCGCAUCCUGAAUCAUUGCCUGAGCACAGAUCUACAUUCCUCCGUACCCUCUCAACCCUUACAUCUCUGGAGAGAAGCCAUUUUCGAACUUUUUGGCCUUUUUAACAUUAUCACGUUUCAACGACCUAGUCCAUGUGUCCACCUCGGACAUAAUACUUCAAUCUGACAAAAUAACCGUCUUUUUCCCUCAUCGGAAGAACGACCAGUUCAGUCCUGGACACUCCGCUUACCUUAAAAUCACCAAUUCCACACACUGUCCUAAACGACUCUAUUUAUCCUACCUUUCACGUCUCUCCCGGGCUUCGGGGGUCCCGUAUUGUGGCCCCCUUUUACCCAAACUGGACAAAAAGGGCCCUGAUUAUUUGGUAUCUUCGACUAAGGUGCCCUAUCACUCCAUUCGAAGUGUGCAAUUCUCCGUUCUUUCGGCUAUUGGGCUAGACCCCUCUAAAUUUGGAUGCCAUUCUUCCCGCCGCGGUGGUGUAAAAACGGCCAAUUCUAUUGGUCAUACAUCUUCCCAAGUGGGAAUUGCUGGUGGCUGGUUGGUCAACAGUCUCGUUCCCGACGAUUACGACGAUGAACACGUACCCCGAAUUCUAACUUCUAUGAGCAAUUCCCUUGCCUUUGAAUAAAGAGAGAAAAAUCUCCCUGACCAACAACACAAAAUCGGUCUUGGUUCUCUUAUACCGUCGUCCUCCUUUCACAUCUCGCUAUAUGAUUAUUGAAUACUGAGUAUUUUAGUGAGAAUAUGUAUAAAUAGGGGUUUCUUCAUAAAGUAGAAAACUGCUUAUAUUGGACCG